AUGGCAGUUUCAGUCCGAGCCAGCGAUAAGCUCUUCUCACCUCUCAGCAUCGCAAAUGGAAAGAUCACACUGAAGCACCGUGUCGUUCUUGCCCCAUUGACGCGAAAUAGAUGUUUGCCCCUGCAAAAAGACGAACCGGGCAAUUACAACAGAAUCUGGGUACCGGACAAGCUAGUCACAGAUUACUACAGCCAGAGGACGACAGAUGGCGGGCUCUUAAUCUCUGAAGGAAUCGCCCCGAGCCUGGAAGGAAACGGCAUGUCGGGCGUCUCUGGCCUCUUCCACCCCGCGCAUCUCGCCGGUUGGAAACCCGUCACAGAAGCCGUGCAUGCCAAAGGUGGAUACAUCUACGCUCAGCUUUGGCACGCUGGGCGCACUACGACAGAGCCGUUCUCUGGAAAGCAUUCCGUCGCGCCGUCUGUCGUGCCGAUGGAAGGGAACUCGGGUCGGAUACCACCUGGAUACUCGGGACCCGUGAUGUACGCUGAUUACCCACCGGUUGAGCUUACGAAGGAGCACAUCGAGAGCACAAUUGAGGACUACUGCAACGCCGCGAAGAUGGCGAUGGAAGCGGGCUUUGAUGGCGUCGAGGUACACGGCGGCAAUGGCUAUUUACCUGAGCAGUUCUUAUCAUCGAAUGUCAACAAGAGGACUGAUGAGUACGGAGGCAGUCCCGAGAAACGGUGCCGGUUUGUGGUUCAGCUUAUGGAAGGCCUCGCCCAAGCAGCGCGGGGCGAACAGCGAAUUGAGACGUGGAGUUUUCUUUGCAAGGAGCUGAAGAAUAAGUUGCCGGAGUUGUCUUAUGUCUCGUUAAUAGAACCACGAUACGAGCAAAUUCACACAUACGCGGAAAAGGAUGAGAUGAUCGGCUCCUGGGGGUUGGACCCGUCAACUAUCAACCUCAAGUUCCUACGCGAUAUCCUAGGAAACACGCCCGUCUUCUCGGCUGGAGGCUGGAAUGACACUAAUUGCUGGGGAGUCAUUGAGUCUGGUGACUACGACGCGAUACUCUUUGGCCGAUACUUCACGAGCAAUCCCGAUAUGAUGGAGAGGUUGAAACAUGGAAAGAGUUUUACCAUGUAUGAACGCGACAGGUUCUACGGACCGUUUCCAGACAGGGAGAGGGGUUAUACCGACUAUUUGACCUGGCGCCAGCAGGAGGAUAAGGCAAAGAGAACUGAUGGUAUGGCAAGGAUGGGACCACACGUGGCUGAAGUUGAAGUUGCGGCAUAG